AUUGCGCAAUGAGGAGUGGAGCUGGGGGAAAAAAACGUGGAUAGAGACAGCAGCAGGAAGAGAAGAGGGUGGAGAGUGAUUCAACGCGCUGACUUUUCCUUUUCACCCCGGGCCGGGCAGCAGCUGCACACCUGGACCACGAAGCGACACGGCAGCGGUGAGUGAGGAGGACGGUGGUGUGUCGACAGCGUGUGAAGAAGACGCAGGCUGUGCGGAGGAGCUAGCGGUUGUGCUGGAGUCCCUCCUCCGACUCUGAAAAGAUAAACAGGCAGCAUGGGUGAGGCACCGGUCACAGGAGAUACUACAGUGACUCGAUCCGCAGAGUAUGUGGGUUCAUUUCCUGUGGAUGACUGCUGCUUGGAUGAUCAGAUAGAGCAACUGCACACUCAGCUGAGGUCCCUUAAAACAUGCAAAAGAAGCAGACCUGUAUCCCUAAAAUUCUCCAUCAAAGGUGUGAAAAUGUAUGAUGAGGAUGAAACGACACUCCUGAUGGCUCACGCUUUGCGUAGAGUAUCUCUGUCCACCGCCCGGCCCAUUGAUGCCCAGUUUGCCUUCGUGUCCCACAACCCAGGCAGCACGGAUGCCCAGCUGUACUGCCAUGUCUUUCGAGCCAGGCAUGCCAGAGCGGCCCAGUUCCUAAACCUGCUGCUUUGCCGCUGUUUCCAGCUGUGUUACUUGGAGAAGCACCCAGAGGAGGCCCUGGAAGACUCUGUUGGCUCGAUGCCUCGUCGCAACCCCUCCCUGCUUAACCACGGCUUCCCUCUCAGUGUUAGUGCUCUGGUGUCCUUCAGAAGAGCCCCUUUUCAGGGGUUGUUGCCAGGGACUAAGAAGAAUCAAAAGUCUUCCGAUGACCUGCACAGCAGCCAAGAUGCAGUCUUCCCCACCUCCUCCCCCUCCCUGGUGCGCAAGGAAGCCAUCCGCAAUAAAGUGCUGCGCUCUGGGGCUUUCCGCUCCUUUACUUUCACACCACACAAACAGCGCAGCGUUCAGGAGCGGCUGAGUGAGUCACAAGAAAAGGACAGAGAAAAGCCACUGGUGAAGAGAUCCAGCGCUCCAAGCUUGGCCGAAACAGAAGAAGCACUGGCUCAAGCAGUGUGGUGUUGGGCUGGUAUCGCACCUGACAACAGCUUUUCCCUGCUUGCAGACGAUGUUUUGGGAUCGUACCUCCUGUGCCCACAUCCUAAAAAACCCAAAUGUGGCUCUCUCAUCAUUCGCUUCCCCUCUGGCCUCAACACCUACCUCAUCGAACACACAAGUAAAGGGAAAUUAGUGCUGGAGAAAUGCAAGACUGAAUUCAGUUCCAUAGUAGAACUGAUCGAACACUAUACAGACAAUUUGGAUGAGCUGCCCUGUCUGCUAAGCUGUGCCCGGGUAAACCACUGUUACGAGUGGGAGGAAAAUACCAGCAAACAGCAGGCUGUAAAGCCACACAAAAGCCUGAACAAAGCCAACAUUAAAAGUACCCCCAGAAAGGACUGGGUUUAAACCCUUGACACUGGAACUUGUGGAUUGCCAACCUUUUCAUUUUGCACAUAUAUUCUAUACACAUCACCUUUAAAUCCUAUUUGGUGUUUUUGUUUUUGGGAGGCUACACAAACUGUAUAACACAAUGCACCUAUUAACAGUUUUGGCACUUAAUGUAUAGUAUACAAGUCAUUUUAUCAAAGGGUACUUAUUUGUAAAAGUGUAAUAUUUUGUGCUUGCUGCUUUUUAUGAUUUUUUUUUAGACUCUUUUAAAAAAUUAUUUUAAUUGUGCCUUGAGGGCAUCCGAUGAGUUUAUUUGUGUUUUUAAGAUGUGAAAGUUAACAAAUUGAAACUGGAGUGAAAUUGAUCACGCAGAUUGUUGCACCUGAUGCCAAAGUCAUACUUUUUUUUUCUUGCAUUGUAAAGAUAAUGACCAAAUAUAUUUAAUUACUCCUUACAUUUUAAUCUAGUUUACACGUUUAUCUUGAUGUGUUUUAGACAUUAGACCUGGAUGACAUGUAAUUAGUAAUCCUAUACAUCAAAUAUGUUCUAUAUCCUGACUCCGUUGUGUAUUAGUGCACUUAUAUCAUGGCCACUAGAAAGCGACGUGUUCAAAUGUUAUGUGUUUUAAAGGUUGUGUGCAGUCACAGUUUCUGGUCAUGUUUGUAUGCAGUUUAAUAUACCUUGCACACUGAUUUUAACAGUGGUAUGAAAUUCUUUAUCAUAAGAUUGUCUGUGAUCUUGUUAUCUGGUGAAGAGGCGGCAUUACAAUUGAACUAAUUUGAGUACUUUGUACCAUCUUUUCCACAUAGGCCAACAAACAAUUUGCAUGUUUUUCACGGCUGUUUGAGAUUAAACCACGGGUGUUUUCUGUUUUUAA